CGCAUUUGUUCAGUCUUAAGAUGGCGAUAAAAUCGAAAUCUUCUGUGUAUUUUUCGCAAAUUUAAAUUUCAUUAUUUAUGUUCAAAAACACGUAAAAAGUACAUAUAAAUACGUAAAUAUUGUUAUUAAGUUGACUGGAAAACAAAUAUUACACCGAAGGCGCAGAAAAAGUGGCCUUGGAAGUUAAUUCAGUGCAGCAGAAUUUACCGUCGCAGCAGAGCUAAAUGCUCAAGUUGGCAAACGCUAUGCAGACGAAGCAACACUAGCAGUACGGGGGAAUUGUAACGGCAGACAAUUUUUUAGUGCAAUUCGGAAUAAAAUAAUUUGUAAAGUCCUUGGUGUUGAAACACGCAAAUUAACGUUUAUUUUGUGGGUGUGUACGUGUUGGAAGUAAAAAUUACACAUAUUGGAUGAAGAAUUUCUCGCCUCAUCUUGUAUUACACCGAUGAAGUGGUAGCACUACCUUCUAUAUAAAAGCCAGCAUGAUGAACAAUUAUAGCAACAUGAUGAUUGGCGACCAAUUUCGCAAAAUGGAAAGUACAACAUAUUCCCCAAAGUCAUCACCACACGGUGGCCGAUCACCUGUGGUGUCGAGACAAGAUUCAUCGGGCACACUUAAGACUACGAUAUCGCUUGGCAAAACGCCAACGAUAAUACAGACAGGACCUUUUUACUUAUGGAAAGAACCACCAGGCAAAGGCGAAUUGACGGGUGAUAAAGACUUAAUGACCGAAUAUGGUUUGCAUCACACACUAACUAAGUUUAAGGAUAAAAAAGUAAAAGAAUCGCUAGCGUCGUUUCUACCCAACCUACCUGGCAUUUACGACACCACAAGCAAUCUGGAAAACAGCACACUGCGUAGUGUUAUUGAAAAACCGCCGAUUGUGGGCAAGGAAUUAGUGCCAUUAACUGCCGUACAAUUAGCCGGUUUCCGCCUGCAUCCUGGACCUCUACCUGAACAGUAUCGUGCGCUGAAUACGACGCCCGCACGUAAACACAAAAAUAAGCAUAAAAAGCACAAACACAAAGACGGCGCUGUGCCACAAGAAACAUCACUCAUGGAUUCCGCUGGACUGGAGACCUACGAGCGUAAACAUAAAAAACAAAAACGGCAUGAAGACGAUAAAGAGCGUAAGAAACGGAAAAAGGAGAAAAAACGUAAAAAGAAAAGCCACAGUCCAGAGCCCUCAACCGCAGGAUCCGUGGCAGGUGGCAGUGGUAGCGGCGGCGGCGGUACAGGUGUUGGUGUGAGUGGUGGCAGUGUGGGUGGCGUUACAAUGGGUGGCAUACCGCCAAUGGUUGGGGGUAGUGGUAAUGCGGGUACAGUAGGCAGUGGUGUAAAUGUUAUGCCCGGCACAGUGGUAGCUAUGCAACAGCCAGUGCAACAACAACAAAUGACACCAGCGCCGAUGCUAAAUGACAUGGGCACGAUAUCACAGCAAUUAAUGCUGUAGGGAUGUGACAAAAUGCACUCGUGGUGCAAAAGUGAAUGCAGCAACAAAAAGUAAUGAAAAUGUGAAUCAAAAAGAAAGCAAAAUAAAAGCGUCGCGCUGAAACUUAAUAUUGCAAGAGAAAACACAAACACACAUUUUGUAUCCUCACACAAUUAGCAAACUAAUAUACGCAAACAACAACAAACUCAGCAAAUGUUUAUUUUGCAAAUUGCAAUUUUCUUAUGUAGAUUUAGAAACUGUAACUUAAUGAUUAGUUUAAUUUUAAUGUAAUUUUGUUUUUCAAUACACACUUUCCAAUUCAAAUAAUUUAUUCUAAUCAAAAAAAGUUGUGUAUAAACAAACAGCUAGUAAAUAUUAUUUUAUUUAAAAAGUGUGACCGCAUAAUUAGUUUAGUGCCGUAGUCGUUCAAUGAGUAAUUAUCUAUGGAUGUGUGAUUAAGCAAGCAUUAAUAAUAAAAUAUUUACAAUUUAAUAAUGACACCAUAAAUUUAUAGAAUAAAUAAGGUUGGAAUUUUGCAGUUUUGUAAAUUUGAAUACGACGACUUUCAAAUACAAAAAAAAAGUUUGAAUGAAUAAUUGAUCGCUUAUUAAAGGGCAGGUAUUGAAAAGUAAAAUCAAUUGCAAUUUUGAUUUGAAUAAACUUUAUUUUAUUAUGAUAACGGUUGAAAAAUUGCACAUGCAUGGAUAAUUUGGAAAGCAAGCGACUGGUAAUUUGUAAAUUUAAGAGCAUAAAAACCACCAUUGUGUCAAGAGCGCUGCACAGCAGCACUAUUGGGCCAAAAUUUUACAUACAUAUGAAAAACGAUAUACAUACAUACAUAUAUAAAUAUUUACAAAACAUUUUAAUUAAAAUUACCGUUAGUUUAUUUUAAUUUAGUUUAGUAUAAAAUGACGUUUUUCUUUUUAGGGAGUUUAAUACAAAAUAAUACUUUAGCAAUUAAUAAGAGGUACUAAGAAAAUAAAAAAAAUAAAAAUGUAUGAAAGUAA